GCCCUGUGUAGCCGCAAAUAAAAGCUACCAGUAGUCAAAGGUUAAUCAGGUUUUAGUUGAUUGACAACUAGGAAAGUACAACGUGUAGGCGUGUCAAAGAGGUCCUUGAGGCAUAUCUAUCACCUGAUAAUAUGUAAUCGCCUCCAACAUGCACAUGAGUAUUCAUUACAUAUCGGCUUAGCAACAUGAACAGGUGGGAAGGUAAGGUGGCCAUCGUGACCGGUACCACUUCGGGAAUCGGAUCCGUAAUUGCUGAACAAUUGGUGGAUGCUGGGCUGAUAGUUGUAGGGCUUGCCAGGCGUAAAGAUAGAGGAGAGGAAUUGGCCCGGGCUCUAGAAGGAAGAAAGGGAAGGUACUACCAUUUAACAGCCGACGUUGCCAAGGAGGAGGAUGUACUAAACGCUUAUAAAUGGAUUGGGGAGAAUUUGGGUCCCGUCCAUGUUCUGGUGAAUAAUGCGGGAGUAUUGAGGAAUACAAGUCUGUGUGACGGAAACACGACCGAUUGGAAGGCUAUGCUCGAUCUCAACGUUGUGGGACUAUGCAUGAUGACCAGGGAAGCAGUGAGAUGUAUGAAGGCUAACAACGUCGAUGGUCACAUAGUGCAUGUUAAUAGCCUCGCCGGCCACAUGGUUCCAGUACCGACAGCGGCCCACGUAUACACAGCCAGCAAGCACGGCGUAACUGCGCUGACAGAGGCUUUAAGGCAGGAACUGAUCGCAUGUGGAAGCCGGAUAAAAAUUUCGAGCGUUAGCCCUGGGCUUGUCGAAUCUGAGAUAUUUACACAAGGAGAAAAUCCGGCGCCUUUAGAAGCCCUGGAAAACAGACCGAUGUUAAAGGCGAAAGAUGUUGCAGAUGUGGUUUGUUACAUCAUUUCGACACCGCCACACGUUCAGGUUCACGAUAUCCUGUUGAGAGCAUGUUAUUAAAGUUAACUGCAAUACAUAAA